AUGUUGAAAACAGAACCCGUUACCACCGUUCUUCCGGUGCCCGCCGAACAAUCACCAGAGACUCCCACAUCUCCCACUCAUACUCAUAAAUUCAGCAAGCACAUCAUCUUGACCACAUAUCCAGGCCAGAGCGGCAUCGAACCCGUUCCUCUAGAGUGGGGCGCUCCCGAUGCCAAGUCCCGGGGUCCAGUGAUUGUCUCGCGAAGUGGGAACCUCGUCAAGCGCCGAAAUGCCAUCGGUGCCCACGGCGGUAGUUACAGCAUCUACAAUGCGUUGGCAAUUGCUGCUGGCGACCUGGACGCGAAUUUCCGACCGGAUUUCCGCAACUCCGAGCCGACUUUCAAUUUCCCCUGGCAGCCAACCUGGGCAGACAAGACCAAGAUCGUCUCUAUGGAUCCUUAUGGUCAUGAUAUCGUCAACCAGUUCAAAGAAGAGCUGGAGGCUGGCUGGGAUAUCCGUCCGACCAUGGCUGUCACUCGUGCUAACAUGAAGCUCGCAGAGAUCGCCGACGAUGUGAAGAAUGGCCUCCUCGAGGUGGAUGGGAAUAUCCUUGUUGACUCCUCCGGCGAGGUUCGUGUCACCAAGGUAGCCGUAGAGCCUGUCUGGUAUCUCCCCGGUGUGGCAGACCGAUUUGGCGUUGACGAGGGAACCCUUCGUCGGACUUUGUUCGAGCACACCGGUGGAAGCUAUCCGGAGCUUAUCACUCGGCCCGACCUCAAGACCUUCUUGCCCCCAAUUGGCGGUCUAACUGUGUACAUCUUCGGUCCACCAGAACGUGUCUCGGAUCCGAACGUCAAGUUGGCCCUGCGUGUGCACGAUGAGUGUAAUGGUAGUGAUGUCUUCCAGUCGGAUAUCUGUACCUGUCGACCAUACCUUGCGUUCGGAAUCCGCGAGGCAAUCCGUGAGGCACAGAACGGGGGUAGUGGUGUGGUCAUCUACUUCCGCAAGGAAGGCAGAGCACUCGGAGAGGUGGUGAAGUAUCUGGUAUACAAUGCGCGCAAGCGUGGAGGCGACACCGCCGAUAAAUACUUCACUCGCACGGAGAACAUUGCCGGUGUUCGAGAUAUGCGAUUCCAAGCUCUCAUGCCCGAUAUCCUCCACUGGCUCGGCAUCACCAAGAUCGACCGCAUGCUGUCAAUGUCCAACAUGAAGCACGAUGCCAUCGUGGGCUCUGGUAUCAAGAUCCUCGAGCGUAUUCCUAUUCCGGAUGAGAUGAUUCCCAGUGACUCUAGGGUCGAGAUCGAUGCCAAGAUUCAGUCGGGAUAUUUCACCACCGGCAAGCAGCUCACGGACGAAGAAUUGAAACAAGUUCGUGGACGCGGCUGGGAGAAGUGGGAAGACAUUGCUCACUAA